CAUCCUCUGAGGAGGAGGAGGAGCAGUAGAGUUGUGGAAUUUGAAUCCUGCUCGGAGGAGGAGAAAGACAGAACUCAUGAGAGCCGCUCCUGAGCCGGUGAGGCGCGCUCAACUCUGAAGGUCCGGAUAUUCUUCUCCCGUCUGGAUCACUCGGAACUGGAGUCGUCAAUGUUUUGAUCGGACCGCCGAAACCACUGGACCCGGUGUUCCGUCGCUGCAAAACUUUGGUGCUGUCGGGCGCGUUCUCCGGGAGAAAAACCAUGAGAUUUCCAAGACUUUCCUCGCUGCUAAUCCUCAUCUUCUCCGUCUGCAACUCUGUGACAUCAGAACCGCUCAGAGAUUUUCAGUUUGAGCGCAGUCCCAUCACCGUCAUCUCCUCGUUGGGAAAGCCUGUCACCCUGCACUGCAGCCUGAAGGGGACGGGCAGCGAGGAGGAGGAGCCGCCGGACGUGGUGUGGCUGAGGGACGGACUUCCGCUUCAGUUCGCAGACACCAACCAGUUCCAGGUCCAAACGGGCAGCAACAGCUGGACCAUCCACAGCAUGCUCAGCAUCGAGAAGGUCCAGCUGCUGGACAUGGGCUCGUAUCAGUGCGCAGUCGAAACAGAGAGCCGUCGGAUUCUGUCCGAGGAGGGAAACAUCCAGCUGGAAGGUCUACCUCAUUUCUCGGAGGAGCCGCGGCACACGUCUGUGGUGGCCAACACCUCUUUGAGUCUCCUCUGCGUGGCCCACGGACCUCCAGAACCUGUGAGGGUCAUCUGGCUGCAAGAUGGCGCCCCACUGAACACGCUGACGGACCCGAUGGCCAUGUCUCCCUCCACCCUCCGGCUCUCAGGUUUGAACAGAACCAGCACCUUCUCCUGUGAGGCUCAUAACCGGAAGGGCGUGGCCACCUCAGGAUCUGGAGUCAUAACUGUUCUCCCAGAGGCCCCACAAGAGAUUCACACCGUGGAGGUCACCACGGACAGCCUUCACGUGUCCUGGCUUCCCGGGUUCGGAGGGGACUAUCCGGUGGUCCGCUGCUCGGUACAGGCCAAACAUUUGGACCCGACCCUCCCCGCGGGUCCUGAUAAGAUGAUCCACAACCAGAACGUGAACAUUCCUCCGGCGACCCACAUCAUCCGCGACCUGGAGCCUCACAGUCUGUACGCUGUCAGAGUCGCCUGUCACAGCAGCCAGGGCCCGUCUGAUUGGUCCGCGUGGGUGGAGCUCCGCACGGCUGAAGGAGUGCCGGACUACGCGCCCGCUAACGUGAGCCUGGUGCUGAACGGGACCGAGAUUGUGAUGGCGUGGGCGGAGCCGCCUGGGAAGCUGAACGGAGAGCUGGAGGGCUACAUGGUGGAGUACAGCACGCCGGCGACUCAGCAGUUGGUUGUUGAUACUGGGCUGGACACAGAGCUGUCCAUCAACCUGUCCCUGCCUCUGUCCAACAUCACUUACCGAGUGUGUGCCUACACUGGAGCGGGACAAGGACCCUGGACCGGCCUCCAGACCCUGACCCUGGUCAGCCCCGGAAUGGAAGAAUUCCGAGGACCCAACUCGCCGCCGGCCUUCUCCUGGCAUUGGUGGUACGUCGUCAUGGCGUUAGCCGCUGCCGUCGCCAUCAUCGCGCUCAUGGCCGUGUACGUGGCAAAGCUGCGUCGGAAAGAGACACGUUUCGGCGAGGCUUUCGAGCCCAUGAUGGAGAGCGGCGAGCUGGUGGUGAGGUAUCGCGCGCGCCGCACGUACAGCCGCAGGACCACAGAAGCCACGUUGAACAGCCUGGGAAUCAGUGACGAGCUGAAGCAGAAGCUGCAGGACGUGAUGGUGGACCGACACAAACUGACGCUGGGAAAGACUCUGGGAGAAGGCGAGUUUGGCUCAGUGAUGGAAGGUCUGCUGACACAGGAGGAGUCGGUGCUGAAGGUGGCCGUGAAGACCAUGAAGAUCGCCAUCUGCACGCGCUCAGAGAUGGAGGACUUCCUGCGAGAGGCGGCAUGCAUGAAGGAGUUCGACCAUCCCAACGUGAUGCGGCUGCUCGGUGUGUGUCUGCAGACGGUGGAGAGCGAGGGCUACCCCUCCCCCGUGGUCAUCCUGCCCUACAUGAAGCACGGAGACCUGCACAGCUACCUGCUCUACUCCAGACUGGGAGACUGUCCUGUGUACCUUCCCUCUCAGAUGUUGGUCAAGUUCAUGACGGACAUCGCGCGGGGGAUGGAGUACCUGAGCAGCAAGAACUUCAUCCACCGGGACCUGGCCGCUCGCAACUGCAUGCUCAACGAGAACAUGAACGUCUGCGUGGCCGACUUCGGCCUCUCCAAGAAAAUCUACAACGGAGAUUACUACCGACAAGGACGCAUCUCCAAGAUGCCUGUGAAGUGGAUCGCCAUCGAGAGCCUCGCCGACCGGGUCUACACCACCAAGAGUGACGUGUGGUCGUUUGGAGUCACCAUGUGGGAGAUCGCGACUCGGGGUCAGACCCCGUACCCUGGAGUGGAGAACAGCGAGAUUUACGACUAUCUGAGGCAGGGCAACCGACUGAAGCAGCCCCCGGACUGCCUGGACAGCAUAUACUCGCUCAUGUUCUCCUGCUGGCUGCUGAGCCCCAAAGACCGGCCCUCCUUCGAGUCCCUGCGCUGCGAGCUGGAGAAAGCUCUGGACGAGCUGCCGGACCCUCAGGACCCCGACGAGAUCCUCUACGUCAACAUGGACGAGUCCUCCGUGGAGCUGGGGGCAGUGGGGGGUCUGGACCCCAGCGGGAGGUCGUCUCCUCUGUGCCUUAAAGGUCUGGACUCUGUGACCACGGCGGAGGUCCACCAGCCGAACCGCUACGUCCUCUGCCCCCAGCACGAAGCCACCCGAGCUCUUUCGGACUCUCUGGAGAGUCUGGACAUGCCCGUGUCCUCAUCCACGGCCACGCUGCCCCUGCAGCCCUCCUGCGCCUCCACCCCCAACCUCACCAGGGCGUCCACCCCGGCGCUGCUGGAGGACCGGGACCCGUCCAGGAGGGUGCCCUGGCAGUGACGUCCACCAAGUUUGGACGCGCCGUUUUGCACAAACACACACGACCCUCGACAUUCCAGGGAAGACGCAGCGCGGACCGGUUCUGGCCCGGCCUGGAACUCUGCUGCCACCGGACGCUGCACAAUCGCACCGUUGCCACGGCGACGACCACAAAUCCAGAGCAUCACUGCCGAGUGGACUGACCACUGAACUGACUCAGGAGCUCCCAGCAGAACUCUGCUUGUCCAGGUUCUGGACCGGGUGCUACAUGUCUUCCUCCAGCUCCUAAUAGGUACAAAUCUGGGCUGAAAGUCCAGGACCCACCCGACCCAGUCUGACUGUUUGAUGCUGAAUUUUGUAUUUUUACAACUUUGCACUAAUUUUUAUAUCAAAUGUAUUUUUGUCGAUAAUGUUUAUAUCUUUGUUUGCUUCGUUCAUGCAUCUGGCUUUUUAAAAAAAUUCUGUACAACCAGAACCGGGGUCGGACCUCAUCUCGGUCGUCCUGUCUGCAGCAGAGUCGUGUGACCUGGACCAGGUCCGGUUUGAUGGUGUGUUCCUACCUAUCAUCUUCCCUCUGACACCAACUCAUGAUUGUUUCGGUCAUGUCUCACACGACUGUUGCAAAACUUCUGGCUCAGCUCGCUUCGGUGUCCCAUGACUAGAACAGGACUGAAUAAGCCUUUAUGCCUCUGUAUUUUGUAUCAAAAAUAAAAGUUGCCUUGUGUUUAU